AUGGCGAAGAGUAUUCGAUCAAAAUCAAAACGACGGGUACGUGCUAUAAAACGUGAACGACUAGCGCCACGUGUAUUGAAACGUUUGCAAGCAACUGUUUCAAAUCUUGAUUCCAAUAAGAUAAAGAUGGAAAUUGAUAACUCAAAUAUGGCAACCGAGUCAGCAGAUCCUGAUGUCGAACUUUUAAAGAUGGAAACUGAUAGUGGUAAUUUAAAUUUGAAAACGAUGAAGAAACCAGACGGUUCAUAUCCGGUAUGGCUGAGCCAACGGAAGAUAAAGAAGAAGAAACGUGAACAAAAAAUUAAGCAAAGUAAGAAAAGUAGGAAGGCUCGAAGAAAUCGCUGA